CAAACUUACCGAUUCCAAUAAUCGCAGGGUUUAUUAUGCAUGUAGACUUGUUUGUCCACAAGCCUUUUGGUCGCUCCCGGUCAUCGUUGCUGAGGGGAGCACCCACCAGUUCCGGUCCCGGUUCCAUUGUCGUAAAUGGCGGCUUAAACGGCUCAAGAUGAUUUUCUCAACAAGUCAGAAUGCAUACCAUUCGAAGAAUAAAUUUAUCUCAGUUAGAUCGGUGCACAAGAACCGUUCUUCCCAAAUUAUUGGUGCAGGGUUCUCAGGAAGACUUGGUCAACUUGCGUUAUGUCAGGCGAAGAACGGCUUCCAGUGAACCCAAUAUGCUCCCUUUCUUAUUGAACAGCCGAAAGGAUUCAGGUCAAACGACAAGCGCUGGCUUAAGACGUGGGCAUGGACGUUCGCUUGCUUGGCCUUGCAUGCUUAAGCCACAUCUCAACGAGAUUGUGCGGAGCUGUGAUCCAACAGGCAUAUUCCACGUGUGGGAUACUUACUAUCAUGCUUCUGGGUAGUCCUUGCUGUGAUGCGUUCAAGCGUGAUGGUUUGAGAGCUUGUUCUGUUUGAACGGUUUAGCUGAGAUAAUAUAGAAUCUUGCGAGCAGCCCAAAGACAGAUCCGGUCUCGGAUCUCGACUGGCAUGUUGAUUCACCCAAUACAUGUGGAUUUGUUAGAG